UCACGAAAUAAUUAACAUAAAAUUGAAUUGAAUUAAAUUGAAUCCAAAAUAAAACGCCCUGAGAAGCUUUUCCUGUCAAAAAGCAAAACCAAAUUGCAGCUCUAAUUUUUUAUGUUUUAAUAUUCGUUUUCUUGUUGCUUUGCCAAAUAGAAGUUGCCUGUGAAAAACGCGCGCGCAACACCAUAAACCGUUACACCGCCGCCGUCGCCGCUUCUGCUACUUAUUUUUGAUUAAUAUCUGUUGACACGAAGAAAACGCGACAAAUCCCAUCUAGCAUUGUGGAUUAACAAAAGCAUUACGGCUUGCUUUCUUUCUUUCGCUUUCUAUCUCUAAACGCGUCUCCUAAGUCUUUCUUUGGAAAUACGAAAAAAAUACAACUGCAAAAAAACGGAAACGUUAUCUUCGGCUUUCGGUUAAUUUUCAAAUUUCGUUGCUUCAAAUUUUUCCUCCGAGACUUUGGUGUUGAAUACAAAAUUAUUGUAGCGGAAUUUAAGUGAAUAUUUGUUUACACCUCGAAAUAAAGUUGCUCUGAAAAUUCUCCAUAAACGGAAAAGCGUAAACAAAGCCAAAAAUAAAACCCAAGGCAACAUCCGGGAAACAAAUACAGGAUAUAAUGAGGCCAACAUAGAGAAACAAACAUUAAUUAAAGGAAACGAAAAAAAACGAAAUGUGGAAAUUAAUUUGUCUAUAAAAGAAACAAGCAAUUAAUCUACAAUAACAACAACAAAAAAGAAACACACAGAAAUAGGCAAAAAAGUGAAAAUUAAUACAAAAAAAAAACCGCAUACCUUUUCACCCUUACAAUCUUCGCUCCCAAGGGGAAAAGUUAUUUUCUUCGCUACGUGGUAUCUUUUCGUCUAUGAAAAAUUAACAAAAACAAACACAACACGCUCUUUGUGCUGCUUCAACGUUUUCCGAAUCAUUAAGACAUUGUCAGUAGUCGUCUUUUACCCCCGACGGAAACUAAAGACCACCAGCCACAAAAUUCGAGACUGAGCCGACAAAGCGUCUAUUAUUUUGAUUUUCUCGUCCAAUCGUUGUAUGAGUAAUAGCGCCAUGGUUGCCGUCGCCAUUUGUUGUAUUCUGGUCCUGUUGGCCGUUUUCAUUGUUAUCAUCAUAGUGGUCGGCCAGACAAUGGGAGAGCCUAAGUGAGAUAAGCUUCAACUGGGACCUGGUAAUUUCCCAGAUGGAUAACAAAUGCCUACCAAUUGUUAGUACAUCUCGUUAAAUACCAUCAUACAUCAAUCAUCAAUCAAAACAAUAAUAACAACAACAACAACAAAAAACAAACGUUAUAAAAUUCGAAAAUCCCUAGACAAUUGGACAACAAAUAUUAUUAGUAACAAAAAGAAGAAGAAAAGGACAUUUAUUUAGUGGACGAAAAAAAAUCAAAGUGACAACAAGAAACCCCCAAAAAACCAAGAAAACAAAGACAAAUUCUUAACCCAUCGUGUCAGUAUCAAAAUUGGCUGUGAUGUGUAAUUUUUUAUUUUAAUUCAAAGAAAAUAAUAACAACAACAAUAAUCAACAAAAACUACAACCACAACAACAAUUUAUAUACAUCAAAAACCUUUAGACUUCAUAACUCGUUUGUGUGUCAUGUGUGGUGUGCAGUAACAAAGAAAUAAUUUUUCAAUUUGGUGUUGAAUUUAAAACUUUUACA